AUGACGAACGAUGCGUACAACUUUGUGAAAAAGUGCCACACAUGCCAAGUCCACGCCAAUUUAAGUCACAAGCCUCCCACCCUGCUGCAAGAUAUGCGCACUCCUUGGCCUUUUCACACUUGGGGGCUUGACUUCAUCGGGACUAUCCAUCCACCAUCCGAAGGCUAUAUAUGGAUCCUCACAGCCACUGAAUAUUUCACAAAGUGGGUUGAGGCGGUUCCUCUUCGGAAGGCCACGAGGGCUGCUAUUGCAAACUUCAUUCGUGAAUAUAUUGUAUGCAGAUUUGGAAUCUCGUAUAAGAUUGUCACCAACAAUGGCACCCCGUUUGUCAAUAAGCAAGUAGGCUCGACGCUUAGUGGCUAUGGUAUCAAGCAUCGCCACUCCACGCCUUAUUACCCACAAGGAAAUGGUCAAGCAGAGGCCAUAAACAAAACCUUAUUGAGGAUCCUAAGCAAAAUGGUCUAUGAGUAUGAAGGAGGUUGGAGUGUUCACCUGCCGGAUGCCUUAUGGGCUUACUGCACCUCUCCAAAAAGUGCCACAGGUUUCUCGCCUUAUUUGCUUGUGUAUGGGUCUAAUGCCAUUUCACCAGUAGAGAUUACCAUCCCCACUGCCAGAGUAUCAGCCGUUAACGACCUCGAAUGGGAGACAAAGUCAUGCUCGGAUUGGCGCCUUCUGGACCUCGAAGCUUUGGAUGAAAAAAGAGCGGAAGCCGAGAGGAGGAUAGCGUUGUACCAUAAAAAUGUUGCCCAAGCCUAUAACAAGACAGUCAAGCCUUGA